AUGGCGCAGGACCUGGAUGAGCUCUUGGAUGAAGUCGAGAACAAGUUUUGCAGACCCGACCCCUGGAGGCGAGGCAUGGGCGAGCGGCCCACAGACGACCGGAAGCCAGCCGAGGCAAAAGAGACUCUCAGAUCAACAACAUUUAAAAAAGAAGAGGAUCUUGACAGUCUUAUUAAUGAAAUAUUUGAAGAGCCCAACUUAGACAAAAAGUCCUUUAAAUUAAAAUCUAAAUCUUCAAGUAACACAUCUGUCAGCACUUCAAUUCAAGGCCUCAGUAAGAGUUGCAGUCCAGUAUACCUCAGUGGAAGCACUGUUCCAUGUGGGAUUGGAACAAAUACUUCACAGAGAGCAUGUGACCGUCUACGUUGUACAGCUUGUGACUUCUGGAUAGUAAGUUACAACGACUAUAUGUGGGACAAAUCAUGUAAUUAUCUGUUUUUCAGGAACAACAUGCCAGAUUUCCAGAAAUUAAAAACAAAGUUGGUAAAGAAGAAAGGAGCACGGGCAUAUGCCUGCCAGUGCAGCUGGAGAACCGUUGAAGAACUGACUCCCCUGCAGACAGAUCAUCAGCUUCGAUGGGUUUGUGGUAAACAUUAAGAAUGCAGACUUUUCACAUUGAGACAAAAGCAUCCAUAAGAGCAGCCUGCAGUCGUCAUCAUAUUUAAGCAAAGGUACAUUGUAAUACCCUUUGGUAAUGCCCUUUGGAAAAAGACAGUGAAUUUCAUUUAACUACACAGAUUUUUUGAAGACUAACUGGACUGGAGAAGACAAAUGUACUAAAUGUAUACUUUAGAAUUGCUCAUUUUUUAUACCUGGAUGUUUCACUUAGUAGGAUAACAAAUACCCAGAUUCUAUCUCCAAUUAAAUGGAAGUUUAAUUGCGAAGUUUCAUACAAAUAUAUGGCCUUUCGUUAGCAACUGCAGGAUUGACUGCUAAUAACAAUGUAAACAUUCUUCUUGGACAGCCAUUAAAGGUAAUGAAGCAAAGCAGGGUAGAGAGGUCAGUGUAGGAGUGUUCAUGGCAUCUCUUCAUUUCUGGUCUGUUUUUGCCAAAGAUCAGAAUUUAGACAUGGCAAAAGUCAGAUGAUGAGUGGCUAACUAAGCAUCAUCAAGAGUACAGAUAUGUUUUUAAACACUGCCUCACCUUACCAGCUAAAAGCAGUGUGUUAUACACUAUAAUGAUAAGUAUAUGCUGCCAGUUUUAGCUUAUUUCUCUUCCUUUUGUUCAUUUAGAUAUCAGAAAUUUAAUUUCGAUUUAGUAAAUAUCUAUUUAUAUAUAAAAAAUUUUUUUCAAAACACCUAAAAAUCACAAGUCCUAAUACAAAUAGGACAUUUUUGGAUCUUUCAAAUACUCUCUGUUAACGCCUAAAGUUCCAACAAGUGAAGAAGUAAUGUAAUUUUUCAGAUACCUGUAAACUUUUCUGAUAGACUCAAAUUGAUACUUAUUAGAUGAGCACAUAAAAGUAGCAAUAAAACAUCACCAACCAACAGGUAACUUGUUGGCUCCUUGAUGUCACUGAGACUUGAAGAGCUCUACAAUAGCAGCACAUUCGAGAAAUUAGUACCUCAAAGUUUCCACCUCCUUGCCCAUUAAGAAUUUUGGGGGCUUUCCAUCUGCCCAAAACUCUCUACCGCAUGUGUCCAUAGUCCGUCUCAAAUGUGUGACACAGGGCUCACUGAAAGGGAGUAAUUUUUAGCAAAGUUACGAUCUUGGUUUUAUAACAACUCUGUUCCAGCCACCCUGUCAGAGUGAGGGACACCUGAUCAUUAAAAUCCUUUUCCUGACUGUGACAUACAUGCAUUGCGUACUUGUAAAACUUACUCUUAAGUCUAGCAUUGCAACAAGAUAAAUCUCAAAAUAGAUAGUGCUUACAUUUUUACAUUAAGAUAAGUUUACAAAUUUUAUCUUUCAGUAAAUUUUUUUUACUCUCUAAAAUUAUAUCUCUGUGUAGUUAUCAGAAAUAGAGGUGGAUUUGAAUUGAAGGCGAAAAAAAAGAAAAAAAUAGCAGAGCAACAAGAUCCACAGAUUCACUCAUAAAAUCUAACGCAUCAGUCAUAAUGGUGAUGAUUUCUUUUUAUUCCAGUGAACAAAUUUACUAAACCAUUAAUUUGAAAAUACUUUACCCUCUAGAGGGACAACAUUGUCCUGUUCCAUUUUUUCUCUUUUAUUAUUUCAUUCUUACUUUCCAAAAACUUGGACACAUUACCCAUAUUUGACAUUCCAAAAUAUAAUAG